CCAUCCCCUCCCCAUCACAUCCCCCACUCUCCCCAUCACAUCCUAUCCUGAUCCCAUCUUCCCCAUUCCACCUAUCCCUGCCCUCCAACCUGAUGCUAUCCCAUUGUGUGCUAUCUCUGCGUACUGUCCUGUCCUGCCCUGCCCAUACCACAUCAUGGUCCCAAACUUACACAAUUCUACUCCCUCAUCCUGAUCUCAUCCCACUCUGAGCCCCUGCCCUCAUCCUCCAGCUCCCUGCCCUAGAGAGGGAUCCCCCACCUCUCUGCUCCCCAGGACACCACCCUCCCACUCCACCAGCUGCAGCUGGGAUGGCUCCUCAUCCCACCUGCCUGUGGGUACUUAAGAGCCAGAGGCAGCCUAGGGGAGCCCGUGCUAGUCAGGAUGGCUACAGGGGAGCAGAAGCAACAGGAGCGACGCCAGCAGAGGGCUCGGCAGCAAGAGCUGCUCCCGGCAGAGAUCCUGGGCAAGCACCCCCUGCAGAACAGAUGGGCACUGUGGUUUUUCAAGAAUGACAAGAGCAAGAUGUGGCAGGCGAACCUGCGCCUCGUCACCAAAUUCAGCACUGUGGAGGACUUCUGGGCGCUGUACAGUCACAUCCAGCUCGCCAGCAAGCUCGCAGCUGGCUGUGACUAUUCCCUCUUCAAGGACGGCAUUGAGCCCAUGUGGGAGGACAGCCAGAACAAGCGUGGUGGGCGCUGGCUCAUCACCCUGGCCAAGCAGCAGCGUCACACCGAGCUGGACCGUUUCUGGCUGGAGACAGUGAGUGCAGCCCCACUCGAGGGUCCUGGGGGUCCUGGCUAUGGUGUUCCCGCUGCCCCAGGGCUGAACUGCAGUGGGGACUGUCCCAGGCUCCUCUUCUCCUCCCCACAGCUGCUGUGUCUCAUUGGGGAGAUGUUUGAUGAGUACAGCGACGAGGUGUGCGGGGCCGUCAUCAACAUCCGCACCAAGGGGGACAAGAUUGCUAUCUGGACCCGGGAAGCGGAGAACCAGGAAGGGGUCACCCACAUUGGGCGUGUCUACAAGGAGCACCUGGGCCUGUCACAGAAGGUGACCAUUGGGUACCAGGCCCAUGCGGACACGGCCACCAAGAGCAACUCCCUUAGCAAGACCAAGUUUGUGGUGUGACUGUGGGGGGAGCAGGGAGCUGCCUACGGGGUCCCCAUGUACUGUCUCACAAUGAAUUUCUGCAUCUGAGCAUGA